CGCCAUUUCCUCACACAGUUUGUGUCCUGAGUGCAGCGUCUAUAGCCCCCAAGCUCAACUGAUUCGAAUGCAUCCAAUGUGAAAAAUGUCAUCACCAUAGUAUAGCCUACCCAUCUCCCUGCAUUGUAUCUUGGAUUAACCGGGCAAUCUCAGGGUUUUCCCAGGUGUCUGCGAAUUUCACGUGAGGCAAAGGGGAGCAAUGAGAGUUUAUUUGAAUAAAAAGGCGGCUUCAUGUGAAUAAAUGGACCUCUUAUUUCUCGAUCCUUUUUCUCAUGGCUCAACAGGACGAAAUAGUGUUGACAAUCGACAAGCAUGUCGCUACUAUUACGCUCAACCGUCCUAAACGGGGUAACUCCCUUACCUCCAAACUGAAUGAACUCUUGCUAGCCAGUCUGCAAAAAGUAGCAGUUGACGACACGAUUCGAAUACUUAUCUUGACAGGAGCAGGAAAGUACUUUUGCACCGGCAUGGAUUUAGGCGGCGGUAGCUCUAAUCUAUCUCCGGAUGUUGCCGUGGAGAAAGGCAUGGAGGUUUACGACUAUCUAUACAAAUUCCCCAAGCCUGUGAUUGCUCGUAUGAAUGGACCAGCAUUGGGCGGCGGAGUAGGUCUCCUAUUCGCUUGCAAUGUCCGUAUCGCUACCAAGAACUCCUACAUUGCGCUCACCGAAGUCAAGCGAGGUCUAAUCCCUGCCAUGAUUUCCCAAUACAUUGUUCCUGAAGUGGGUCAAUUCAAAGCCAACGAAUACAUGUUGACAGGUCGUCGUGUAUCGGCUCAAGAAUGUCUUCAGCAAAACUGCCUUAGCGCUGUGGUUGAAGAGGAUCAACUCGAUCAAGCGGUUCAGCGAUAUGUGGACUUGUUCGAGGAAUCGGCGCCUGGAGCGAUGCGAGAUAUCAAGGAAUUGGUCAGGAUAGUAGGUGGCAAAGGAGCUUCGGACAUCAAGAACUCGCAGGAUCAUAUAAAAAAGGCGUUUGUCAAGAUGAUGAACAGUCCCGAAGCAGCAUAUGGCAUCAUGUCAUUUACACAGAAAAAGAAGCCAGACUGGAGCGAGUUUAUGAAGAGCAGUAAAUUGUAGUAGUAAUUGAAGUCUUUUGCAAUGAAGGGGGAAAAAAACGUGUUCAUAUAAAGCAGUCUUUUCUGGUCUUUCUGACAGACAAUUUGAAACAA